UUAUUUAUUUACAACAUGUGGAAACGUUAUUUAUAAUUGUAAGGCAAGAAUAGUGUGUGUAGGUUGCUAGAUAGGAAACAUCCUGUCUGAUAGAGCGCAUCAAGGCAGAUAGAUAACAAUUAACAAAAUUCAGUUUCCUUCAAACCAGCGUACCAUCAUUGGUUUUAAGAUCUGCUUUUCUUCAAUACCAAUUAUAAUGAUUAUUCUAAUACUUGUUUUCACUCUGCUGAACGAGUGCUUGGGGCAAAUAGUUGAUAUCGGCUACGUUUGGGAAGUAAAAUGUCCACCAGGCUGUUCGUGCGAAGUACAGAAAUUGGCUGAUCUACCUUUACAUCGAUGGAUCAAAACAAGCCAAGAUCAGAACUUGACUAACGACGCCAAUUACGAACUUGGAUUGAACACAGAUCACUCUAUAAUACCCGAGUUUUUGAACGUAGCAAUUUGCGUUAUCGCUGAAGAUUAUGAAGAACUUUUGGACAAACUUCCGUCGGACAUUCAGGUGUUUACAAUCCUUGAAUCUGGCAUUGGAGACUAUGAGAUUCUCCUGCAAUCUACAACAUUCCAACGUUUUACAGAUUUAAUAUCUUUAGACAUUCAGGGCAUCGAUUACGAAUCUGUGAAGAGAAACUCGGACAUUGCACAAAGAAAACAAGGUGGAAUCAUUUUAUCUGUCGAUUCGUUGUAUCCAUUAGGAUUAAACCUCCUCUAUUUAAACCUGGAACGAGUCAGAUUAACGAGCCUGAGUCCAACGAGAAAGAACAAAGCCAAUCUUGUGAUUAAACCGAUGAACACGGUUGCUGAUGACGGGAACAGUAAUAAACAACUAUUAAAUAACAUCACUCAGAGUACAGGGCAUAGAUUGAUAUUUCUCAGUCAACAAAAUAAUGGACAAAGCGACGACAAAGAAAUACUUCCUUACGACGUGUACAAACAAGAAAUGGAAGGUUAUAGAGAAACUGUUGGACUUUUCACUGGUCUAGGAGCUUUAACUCACUUAAGAGUUUAUGACUGUGAUUUGAAAGACAUAUCGUGGCACAUGUUCGAUGGCUUGAAUAAUCUUAUUCAGCUUUCAUUAGAGAAGAAUAGUUUGAAAUUCAUUCCAGAAUUUUGCUUUUACGGCACUCCAAAUCUAAAAGUACUGUCACUGGCAAGUAACCAGUUGUUAACACUCAAGAGUGUAGAUCUAGCUGGCUUGCUGAUGCUAGAAGAUCUUGAUUUGAGGGGGAACAAUCUAACUUUUUUGUCGGAAUUAUCUUUCCCCCCAUUCCCAAUGCUGAAGACUGCGGAUUUUCAGGAAAAUCCUUUGGAUUCCAUAUUCCCAAGUACCUUUGAAAUCAUGAAUACAACAUUAAAACUUUACUUGGGAGGCGAAGGCUCAAAAUUAUAUUUACAAAAGAAUUCUUUUCUGGGACUGUGUCGACUUCAAACCUUGCAUUUGUAUAAUUUAGAAAUACCAGUGUUGGAACGUUUUGUAUUUCAAGGAAUGCCUGAACUAUUAAAGUUAAGAGCACGUGGAAAUAUUUCGAGCAUCGACUUCGAUGCGUUUGUAGACUUAAUCAAACUGGUAGAUCUUGAUUUAAGUUACUGUCACAUUCGUAAAAUAUCCAUGGACGCAUUCUAUGGUCUGGAAAAUGUUAAACGCAUAGAUUUAUCAAACAACGAGUUAGAAUUCAUUCCACCUGGCUUGUUUGGGGUGCAACAACAGACACAACUUAAAGAAAUUAUCCUUUCAAAGAACAAGCUGACAUCACUACCUACAGAUUUUUUCAAAAUGCUUCGGAUUCCAAAUAAACUAUCAAAAUUUUCAAUCGUAAGACUAGAUAGCAAUCCAUGGGAUUGUACUUGUUCAAUGAUUACAUGGAAUCCUCAUUUGGUAAACAGAUUAAGAGAAACAGCACCACGAUGCACAACUCCCAAGAAACUAAGGAACUGGGGAGUUUUUCACGCAUUGCGCAAAGGUUUGCAGUGUAAAACCUUAAAGAGAAAGUACUUGAACAAGUCUACAAUGGAAAGAAACAAUUAUGAAGAGAAUAUCAUCAGUUAGCCAACACAUGUUCUUAAUUUACAAUUAAUGCACGUGUAUAGAAACAAGAAACAAAAUUAGACAGUUUAAUUUUCAAUUUCUGUAAGGUAACUUUGACUUUCAAAUGUAUCAUUUUGAAUUGUAUGAUAAAUAGUAGAAUAGCAGUUGAUAAUUCUACAGUGUCUAUGUUCGAAUUAUAAAAAAUAAAAUAAAACAGCGAAUAAUAUC